GCAGCUUUUAAGGUUGGAAAACGUCUUAUUCUCCCCCCAAAUGCCAUUUCUGGUAUUUUCCGUGGACUGAAGAGGAGGACCAUCUUUGGGUCAGACCUCUGAGGCCGAUUCACAUUCAGGAAGUUUCUUGGUAAACCGCCUCAGCUCUCAGCCUCCUCUUCCUCCUCCUCACACAUUAACACACCUCCUGUCACAGGUGGCUGCAGGAUGCUCCGCCCCUCUGAUCCUCAUCUCUAAACCCCUACAAACCUGCACACACACAUACACACACACUCAGGGAUGCUGGGCCUCCUGGCUGCUGGAUCGGUCUUCUUUCCUGGACUCUUCUUCGUGUCCAAACAGACACUGAAGCUUCUGGUGGGAUGGAGCGAAGCCGAUGCUGUGGUUGUAUCUACACGCCUGGUGUCGUCUCUGCAGGCCGUCUUGGCCUCAUCAGCUGGAUGCAUCAUUGCCUCGUCCUGCGGGGACAUAAUGGAGGACAGACACCCGCUGACGGAGGCAUACAUCUUGUUUGCCACACCUUACUUCCUCUACGACAUCUAUGCCAUGUUCCUGUGUCACUGGCACAAGCUACAGGUCAAAGGUCAUCAGGAGACACACAGCGGUGGCUUGAAGGCUGCGGUGCCCAGCUACCUGCGCAGAGAGCUUCUGAUGGUGCUGCAUCACAUCUUCAUGGUGGCCUUCUGCUUCCCUGCUUCCCUGCUGUGGCGCCGAGGGAAAGGAGAUUACUUCCAGGGAGUUUUGUUUCUGGCUGAGCUCAGCACGCCGUCCGUCUGUCUGGGAAAAGUGUUGAUCCAGGUAAUCCACCAAGUAAUCAGAUUACUUCCCACAGGACAUAAACCAGUCCUGCUGACAUGGUUUCACUUUUAGAAGCAGCUUUAUUAUGUUUCCCAGCAAAUUCUGCCUCUUUCUCUUAACGUUACUCAUGGUUUAUAUUUGUUAUUAUGUAAUUAAAAUGAUCAGCGUCUCCUUCUUUGGCUACUUUCGCUCCCUUGUGUAGAGUUUAGGUGUUCUGAUCAGUCGAGCAGCCAGACUUUAGUACUUGGCUCCAAAAGUCUUUUGGUUCUUUCGGACAAAACUACACUUUACCGUCCUACCUGCUGUCAUGUCUUUAGCCCCCUGGAGGCGGGAACGUUAAACCCUACCUGGUUACUCCACACACGUGUUUCAUGAGCAUGUUUUAUCUCAGAAGUACCUCUGAAGGACUUAGUUGUUUGUCCUUUUAACAAAACUUAUUUUGAGCCUGAGAGGAUUAGUAGAGGGGUUUGUCCUACAAUUAUUUGAUUACGAAAUGACCUUUGACCCCAAUGGUGUCCCCAGGUCAUUUUCAUAGGGGUGGUCAGAUAGAGAAAAUGUUGGGGGUGGCACACCAGAUUGGUCCAUGUAGUUACUCCAGGAGGGUUUCGCCUGUGGCGGUGCGUCGGAUGCUUCUUCAAAUUUGAAGAACACAUUAUUUUUAAGACAUUUCAAACAGUAGUUUGGAACGUUAUUUUUAAAUUUAAAACAAUAGACUUAAACUUUUGUUUUGAAAAUGGCGAGCAGAAGAAAUUUAUACUUUACAUAUAUCAGAUUACUUAUGUACUCUUUAAUUGAAUAUUUUUUAUUGGGUUUUACGUUUAUGCCUGAUUAAUUAUUAUGAACUAAUAGCUUGUGUGAACAUAAACCCGUCGGUGCAGGAUCGGCUCGGGGUCCAGCGCCCGCCGAUGACGUCACAUGACUGCAAACCUACUCAGCUUUCACACACACGUUUGAGAAAGACAUCAGCAGUGUUGUUAAUAAAUUCUUGUUUGUUAACACCUAAAUGUUUUCUUUAUAAUUGUAAUUUGUUAAUAAAACUCCAUAUUAUCUUUGUUUUGUAAAGAAUGUAAAACUGCAUAAAACCAACAUCGGACUGACAAAGACAACAGUUCUUAUAUGUGAAGCCACAUCUGUUUGUAUUAAUGUGGAGUUCAUCUGGUUAUUUCCUUAGUUAUGUAAAUACGUUCUUUGAUCCAAAAUAUUGCUUGGUGUCUUUCAGUAAAGUUCUUAUAUUUUAUUUUGCCCCAUUUCAUCAACAUCAAGAGCUUUUGAGGGUCACCGUUUAUCAUUUGCUUAUAUUUUACAUUUCCUUUAGAAAUGCAAACAUAUUUUCUCCAAAAAGUGUUGAUUUUUGGACUACAGGACUACAACCGCUAAGACUAUGACCACAAAUUUGUUCUGACCAAUCAAAAUCAUAACGUGAUAACGCCACUUCCGUAAGCUUCAUGUUCAGACAAUCAACUACUUUGGCGUCAUCUGCAGUCGCAGGACCCCGAGCCGAUCCUGCACCGACACCGCUGACUGCCAGCGUUUUUGAGCGUUUUUACUGUUUUUGAAGAGACACAGAACAUUGUGCUCCAUAAUCAUGUAAACACCUACACUACAAGAAGAGUAGACCCGCUUCUUACAUCAGGAAGAAUCAGCGCGUUUCUAGCUUCCUCUGUUCUUUCACAAUCCGCUGUCGAAGCGCGAGCUGCAGGAGCUUUUCUGGUCGGAGCCUCGCUUUUUUCCACAGCAGCGUUCCCAAAAUGAUCUAAUUCAUGGAUUUUCUGCUUCCUGAUCACGUGACGUGUGACACAUGGGUGAAGAUCAGCUUUAAAGCUGUUGUAAUACCAAUGCCCUGUACACUGGCACUACUGGUUACUGAGACGGUCGGUAGUCUUUAUAUGCGUUUAAAAGAAUUGCAGCUUGUGUUUAUUUCUGAUGUUUAUUAAUUUGUCUUCUUCCACAAAGUCCAUGAUCCACUCACUGCAGUUAAAGUGGUUUUCAAUGAAUACGUUACUUGCCCCAUGACAGUCCGCAGAGUCCGUUACACACAGCCACAGUCCUCGCCACACAGUAAAAAACUGCUUGUCCCGUCACAGCCACCUAUAGUGUCUAAUCUGCGUUGGCUUAAGUAGGCUGGUGCUUCCACAAUCAACCAAUCAAAUGAGGCCAAGCCUCCUCUCAUGUACGCAGAAAGAAAAUGAAAACAACACGUAUGGCUCCUGCAGCUGUGAUGUUUACUCUGAAGAUGCGGACGCUAGUUCCCAGGCCUGUUAAAAAAUGUCUUUGACGACUUUUGUAAAUGAACACUGGUCUGCUCGUGUGUGGCCACUGGGGUGGCCCAGGACCCCCCUUGGGGGUGCCACUGUUUGACCCCCCCAGAUUAGUGAGCAGUCAGCGUUGCUCCUGCUGCCACAGAGGAGCUGAAGAUGAUCAGUUAAUCAAUACGCCUGAUCAGCAGCUCCUGGCUCGCACUGAUGCCUGUCUCUUAUUUAAAUGUAUUACUCUGAGCUUGAUUAGUUGAGGCUGGAUUCACAGAAUUAGGCUCCUGUCAUCUACAUAAGUAACAUUUUACAAUUAUUGGAAGUUUUCUUUUAACAUGUAAUGUUAAAAUAAGGCAUUUAAAGACAGACGU